GAAGGCAGGAUUCCCACAGGGCUGGCUAUUUUCAUUGGGGGGUUAGCUGAGCAACAGGGCAGGCAGACACCCGAGCAUCGGAGCGUAGGAGUUUCCAGCGAACAGUCCAGGCGACGCGGACAAGCGAGCCAGCUCUUCUCCCGCAAAAAAAAAACAAAAAAAAACCAAUCGGCGGUUUCGCUGAGCCCUCAGUUGCGGGCCCCGCAGGAAGGUGCCGAGGCUGAGACCAACUAAAAGCGCAGCUCGUUUACCCGUCUGCGGAAACUUAUUUGUGGCUGGAGCGAGGCGGCUGCCUCCCUCGAAGCGCGCAAUACGAAUUGGAAGGAGCUGCUUCGGCCCGCCAGACGGAGCCGCCGGGCGCUAUCUUGCGGCUGGCGCCCGCGCAAACCGCCCAAGUGUGGCCGGCUGCCUCCCUCCUCGCCAGAAAGCUGCACUGUCAACAAGUGGUUCCCUCCGUCUUCUUGCUCCGGCGCUUGCGGUCCACCAAGCCUCGUAUCCGGUCCUUUUCUCGCAGCGAGGCAAACUUUCUCCUCUCUCGGACUGGCCUUAGUCCUUGGCGGAUGUUGGCAAAACAUGGUAAUUCAAUGAUGUGUGAAACAGAAUUUAACAACACAAGAUGUAGGUGCUGAAAUGAAAAACCAGAAGACAACCUGCCACAAAAUCUUCUGGAUGUGCUAAGAAAAUUGGAAAGAAGCCCACUUGACCAUUUAGUGAACAAGUAAUGAAAUGAUAGUACUUCAUUAUUUUGUCUUGUAUCUUUAGGCAAAAGAUGUGUGUGAUCAACAGAACAAUAAACAAGAAUUUCACAGAGGCUUAUUCUGUUCCUCUAGGAAUGAUCUUGGGAGGCAUCUCAUUGACUACAGUUGUCAUGAAUAUGUUGGUCUUAUAUGCCAUGAAAAUGGAAAAGAAACUUCACACAGUCGGCAAUCUGUACAUUGUCAGCUUGUCCUGUGCAGAUCUCAUUGUUGGUGCAGCUGUCAUGCCACUGAACAUUUUAUAUCUUUUGAAGAAUGAGUGGCUGUUAGGUAGACAAGCCUGCCUGUUUUGGCUAUCAAUGGAUUACGUCGCCAGCACAGCCUCCAUUUUUAGCCUGCUCAUACUCUGCAUAGAUCGUUACCGUUCUGUUCAGCAGCCAUUAGAAUAUCUCAAGUAUCGGACAAAAACUAGAGCAUCUAUCAUGAUUUCUGGAGCUUGGCUGCUCUCUUCUACCUGGAUAGUCCCAAUUUUGGGCUGGCGUAACUUUACCCAUGACAACAGCUCAGAUGAUGGGGAUAAAGUAUGUGAAACAGAUUUUUGCAGAGUCACUUGGUUUAAGGUCUUGACAGCUAUAGCUAACUUUUACAUCCCCUCAUUGAUGAUGCUGUUUUUCUAUGCAAAAAUAUACACAGCUGUCCGGAGGCAUUGUCAGCACAGAAAACUCAUUAAUGGGUCAUUUAGAUCUGCCUCAGAUAAAACAAUCCCACCCAAUUGCAAGCUGCGAGAAAUACAAGAAAUGUCUUAUCUAAGUGAAAGUAAACAUUUAGGAUUUUCCUGUUGUGAACAUGACAAUCAGAAUGACAAAAUGGAAGCCAGAUCUCGAUCAGGCAACUUUAUUGAAGAAUCACAAGUAUUUCAUAGAGGAAGUACCCAUGCAGGAGGGAAGCACAGCUGCUUUCCUCUAGCUUUUUCACAGAACGACAUUGGGGUAAGUAGUAUUGAUAGGAAGUAUGCUUGUGUCCAUGGAAGCAUUCAUAACAUGGAGAAGGCUUGCCCCCAGGAAUAUGAAAUGAGCAAAACAUCAUAUGAGCAAAUUUUUGCAGAGAGACCUGCUUGUAGAAGAGAUUCAGAGGCCACUCUGGAGCAAAAUUUUGAUGAGAAGAGGCAUUUCCAUCAGUAUAAAAACAGCAAAGGUAGCACAAGUCUUCAUUCUUUGAAAAAGACAUGGAGGAAGCUGCGUGCUCAUUCUCUGAACCAUAACCACAGGCUGCGUGUGAACAGAGAAAGAAAGGCAGCUAAACAGCUGGGCUGUAUAAUGGCAGCCUUUAUGCUGUGCUGGAUUCCAUACUUUGUAUUCUUUAUGAUCAUGGCAUAUUGUGAAGAAUAUUACAAUUAUCACAUUCAUAUGUUUACAAUCUGGCUCGGCUAUGUGAAUUCUACAUUAAAUCCAUUUAUAUACCCACUUUGUAAUGAAAACUUCAAGAAAACCUUCAAGAAGAUUUUUCAUUUUGAAAGCUAACCUCUCUUGGUGAUAGUUGUAUUCGAGGCGGGGAGAGUGCAAAAAACUAGAAAGAAAAAAGACUUUUCUGUAUCACAAGAAAACAUUGCAAAUGAGGCAGAAGGUUUUAAAAGAUCAUUAAUGAAAACAGAAAUAGAUGCAAAAGUGGGGAACAUUGUUUGUCCUAGAUAAAAAAGUGUUUUUAAACUGUGACUUACAUUUAAAAGAAGAAUUGAUGCUCCCUAGGACUCUUGCAACCUAAUCCAGAGUGCGGGUAGCUGAAAGGAGCUGUGGAAGUGGUGCAGCCCUACAUUGGUGAAAAUGCCCUUCCUGGGGCACUUGCCCUGGUGGAGGGGCAAAUCUGUUGGUGGGUGACCACUGUGGCAUCCUGAGAUGCCCUGACAUGGUGCUGAGCACAGUGUCAGCACCCCAGCGCUUCUGGUGACCUCAUAGAUGUGGAGGCAUUCUGGAGGUGUGGCCAGGGUCUCCCAUCCUGGCAGUGCCUUCGGGUAUGCAGUGGCCUGGGCCAUGGGCUUAGGCCACUUUUUUAGGUGGCAUAAACCCAUUGAGCCCAAUGGAGGGCUUUUCGGCUACAGGGAAGUUUUGCUUCAUAUUUUGCCUUCCUGCACUGCCUAAGAGCCUUCUGACAAGGGCUCUGGAUUGGGCUACCCAAAAGUUGUCUUGUUUUAUCUUGUUGUCUUUGGAUUUGGCUGCCCAAAACUAAGGCUUCAGCCUCAGGUUUGUUACUAUUUUGUUAAUAUUUUACAAGGGGUUUUUUGGUUUAAUUUUUGAGUUCCGUUAUUUGGAACAAAAUGGAAUGGAGAAAAUGAAAUAUGCUGUUACUUAAUCUUGCUUUUGAUGUCAAAAAGUAUACUUCCACAUGCUGUUCAGUGCUCAGCUUGGCUAUAGGCCUGGUUCAGUUUAUGUGUUCUGCUUGAAUGAAAUCUACGUUUAGAUAACAUGUCACAGUCAGUUUCCUUGAGUGCAAUUCAGAAAGAGAGAUGCUUUCUCACCCUUUAAAGGGCAGAAUCCUCUCUAACUCAUGCUUUAUUUCUGUGGCUUGUACCCUUCUUGGUCAUAAAAAAGUAAGUGGUAAUCAGAAGAGUGUGAAACAUUCAUCUCCUGAAAUUGUUCUGUUUAAUGUAGCUAAUAUAUCAUGCUAAAUCUGUGGAAAAUAUACCUACUUGUUGCAUUUCCACUGCUAUUUUUAGGGCCAGUUCACAAAACUGCAUGUUGCUUGAAAGCGUAACAUGUAAAGCUGCUAAAAUAUCUUGUGUCAGUUUAUAUUACAUUGAAUUACUGUACAUAUUUUUACAGGUAAUACAGGUUCAUGAAACAGAAAACAUUAAUGAUACAUCUCGUUCCAUGUAUUGAUUUCAUUAUUGAACACUUUCUAUUUGCAAUACUUUAAAUGGGAUUGCAGAAAUUUCCCAUCUAGAAGCUAUUUAUAUUCAGACUACAAUUAAUAUAUUUAAUACUAAUUGAAUAUGAUCUGCUUCCUCUUACCAUCAAACAACUUAUAUUCUGUUUAACAUAAAGAUGAUAGUAGAGUGUAUAUUUUUCCGCCACAAAACAAAGCAUGCUGGACCUUCUUUAUUGUAGAAUGCUCCACCUAGGUUCUAGUAAGUACCUACUGAGCCCUGCUUUCCCUAUUCAAGUUGAAGGUUUGAAAGUAAAAAUACAUUUUGGCAUAAAUGCUCUUGCAUUAAGUAUCAUGCUCAGAAUGCACAAAAUAAUGCUUUUGACAAAGGCAGUGUGUAAAAAUGAACCAUAAUUCUCAUAUUCGUUUGGGACUAUAUUCUAAUGGAAGCAUAUAAUUUUCUUAAUCGAUGCACCUCAACUGACCGAACUAACAUCUUUAUGUGAAACAGAGUAUAGCAUUUAUAUCCUUGGGUUGAGCUGUAUACUAUAGCCAGCUGCGUAAUAUAUUCAAAUGUACAUCAAUUACACAUUAUUGCUCAAAGACUUUCCUCUUGAAUUUUGUAAUUCUUUGAAAUGAACAUCAACAAUGAUUAAUCUGUACUUUGUAACUCCCAUUAUCAUUAGCUUGGUAAACAUAAUUUAUUUUUACAAUUUAAUUUUAAUGCCAUCUACAUAUCAAUUUAUAAAGUUUUUCUGACAUAUUUCGGUUUAUCUUUUCCUCAUCCUGAUUCUCUUUCCCUUUUGUUGUGGUCAUUAUAAGUCACAGGCUAGUUCCAUAUACUUCCAGGUGAUCUGGGUUUGUGGUUUUCAAUCACUAGCUUUCCAUGCCACAUAACUUUUGAAACU